AUGGCAGCCACGGCCGGUGCCCGGAGGUUACCCAUGGGUGUGCGGACAUUCAGUGACUAUCUGCAGAUUGCCGCUGUGGGCUCCUCUCGGUCGGCUCGGACAGCGGUGCCGAGAGGAUGCAUGAGACAAAGCAUCAGGCACUUGUCAUCAUGUGGCAUUUUGAUGACGAGAACUCCCAGGCUGCUUUGCCUCCAAGAUUGGGACACAAUGGCGGCUGUUUCCCAAAGCAGAAACUUCAUCAGCCUUACCAACAAAAGGAAGGAGUACUCCGAGCGUAGGAUACUUGGGUAUUCUAUGCAGGAGAUGUACGAUGUUGUGGCCAAUGUCGAUGAUUACAAGCUUUUUGUGCCCUGGUGUAAGAAGUCAGAGACCAUCAUGAAAAGAGCGGGCCACAGCAAGGCUCGUCUCGAAGUGGGAUUCCCUCCGGUGGUGGAGAGAUACACGUCUAUGAUCACCUGUGUCCGACCCCAUCUAGUCAAAGCAGUGUGCACUGAUGGAAAGCUGUUCAAUCACCUGGAGACGAUAUGGCGCUUCAGUCCUGGCAUUCCCGGUUAUCCUCGCACCUGCACAGUAGACUUUUCUAUAUCCUUCGAGUUCCGCUCUUUGCUGCACUCCCAGUUAGCCACCAUGUUCUUCGACGAGGUCGUAAAGACGAACGUUGCUGCGUUCGAGCGUCGAGCCGGUAAGCUCUACGGCCCAGAGACUCGUAUCCCCCGAGAGCUGAUGUUCCACGAGGUGCAUCAGACGUGAUCCCAGCCACUGUAAUGUCCUCAUCAUUUGGCCUUAAGAACCCACACCGCCAUGCCAACCUUUUAUUCCCCCUCUCUCUCUCUCUCUCUCUCCACUCACACGAACUUGCAUGAUGCUGCUUAGUCGCCAAACCCCCUUCGAGUCUUCACCGCUGCACAGACAUCAUAGCGGCUCCUGAAACUCUUGUAAAGCGUGAUGUUGGAAUAUCAAUCUUUUUUUUUUUUUUUUUUAAAUUCCAGCCUCGACAAAUUCUCAUUCGUCUCCUCCUCAUUCGUCUUUUGUGUUAAGUCUUUCUUUCUACCUCCACUGAAGGGAUCCACGUUUAGCUGAAAGAGCCCCGCCAUUGCUCUCGCUCCAUGGCAGUUAUGAGCUGUAUUUAUGUAAAAAUAAUAAUAAUUGAAAACAGUAAAUAAUUGCAAUAUCAUGUUAUCAAUGAUAGAAUCCACUAUUAUUUUAAAGAACAGCACAAGAACACUGAACAAAAAACCCUUUUUUUAUUUUUUUGCACAAGAGGUGCAGACACAGAGGCUCUUUGAUCCAGACUUUUGCUCUGGAUGAAGUCUUUAUAGCUCACUGUGACCUCGCUGACACGUUAUCAAGUCAGCCUCACUUCCACACUUGGAUCAUCUGAUUAUACUGUAUCAGGCAAGCGUUAUUCUCUUUUGCCUUUACUUUUAUUUUGAAAUUUAGGUUUUUAAUAUAUAUUGUUUGACAUGUAGGUAGUGAGCUCGGAGCAAAACUUUAGAUCCUUUUUAAUUUAUUCAGCGGUGGUUUAUGUAAAUUAAAUGUUGUUAUCGGGUUCAAAUUAAAUGUGCCAUGUUUGGGACAUUGAGAGAGUGUUGUUACUGUAUGUUGUGACAAUUUCAUUGAAGUGCAACUUUUUUGCAAAGGGGGAAAAAAAAGUUUUUUGUUUUUUUUUCAUUAGCCAGCUGUGACCUCAGUCGACAUUGAGGUUUUGGGACAUUUAGCUUUAACUUUGGCUCUUUUGUUGUGCAGUGAAGAUUGUGUUUUUGGACAUUGAGACUUGGCCUGCCAAUCUUUUAAUAAUGUUUUAUUUUACAGCCCAGCAGUAAGAAACUCAACUUAAUCAGAAGAUUAACAAACACGAGGGAAUCUAACUCUGUUAAACCAAGGUCACAGCACAGUUUAGAGCGAAAUCUCUAAUAACAAGAAAAAAGUGUGAUAGAAUAACUUACUUUAUAUAUGAUACAUACUUUGUUUGUACAAACACACAGCUAAAGAUAAAUUGUUAAAAUUGCAUUUCUGUAAUUCAGAUUAUCACAUUUAACGCUGCUUUAAAUAAUGCAGAUUAGUUUCAUCAUCAGUUAAUCUACUUUUUUUCUUUUUAAAUGAGUAGUUUUGUUUGUAAAAUGAGAGAAAACAGUAAUAUCACAGUUUCCAAAAGACCAAAGUGAUAUCUUCAAAUGCCCAAAAACUCAACCAUGUUCAGUUCACCAUCACAGAAGACUUAAAAGAAACCAUCAAAUAUUCACAUUUGAGAAGCUGGAACUGGAAAUCCUGCAUAUUACAUAUUAGUCAUUACUGGAGAGAUCAGCAGCAGCAGCAGCAGCAGCACUGUAUCACAUGUUGUAUUUCAUGGUCCAUUCAUCCAUCUGAAGAACAGCGCACGUUAAUCUUCUGUCAUGUACAUUAUUCAGUAGUUCAAUAUUACUGUUGGGCUGUAGAAUAAAACAUUAUCAAUCAUUUAUCAUUGUCUAUGGGUUUCAUGCUUAUUACUUUUUUUUUUCUUUUUUGGAAAGUUUUAGCUUUUAUUUAUAUUCAUGCAUGGAUGUAACUUAACACAGAAGCAAAUAGUUACUAUAUACUGUUUCUGUGUUACAUUAUUAGGGCAUGACUACAUCAUUUUUUGUUGGGAUUUAUAUUAAAUAUCUAAGCAGCCCUUAUUUUAUUUUUUUUCUCUCUCGUUAUUCCACGCUUAAGGGCUCAUAAUUUGCCAAAAAAGGUCAAUGAAAGAAGUCACUCACAGUGUAUUUAAAGUAUUGUGUCCACGUGUUCCCAAGUCUCAUACUCCAAAUAAAACUGAACUGUGGUCGAGCACUUUUUUUUUUUUUUUUUUUCAAAGCUGGAUUUUUUUGGCUUCAGUGUUGGUUUAAUUUGAUCCGUUAAGUGUGAGGUGAAGGGACACUUAAUCAUCAAUGCAUGAAGAAUGUGUAUUAAAUCAACGUGGGUCUGUGAAUUACUGUUACAUAGUAAUUAAAAAUAAAAACAAAAACAGCUUAUAGUGUAAUUUAUUAGGAGAGUGUUAUAUUUUUAAGCGAUUUUAAAAGAAGUCAAUUUAACACCAUUUACUGGGAUGCUGUUCAGCGGUCAGAUAUAUGGUGUUCACGUUGUCGGUAAUGUUGCAUCAUGCACGAAUCUCCACUUUUGAGUUGUGUUUUUUUUUUUUUCCCCUCUCCAUUAUUGCCACUUACAGAUUCAACUUCAUGUUUCACUCUGUAUCGUUGUUGGUGCUAAUUCAGUGCAAAUCAGAAUCACACAGAAGAGAAAUAUUUUAA